AAAUCCAAAUCUCUACGAACCACUUCACCACCCACGCCAAGCACAAGACAUGGCUUUACUGUCUUCUUCCCUUGGAAUCUCCAAAUUCCUCUGCUGCUCCACCUUCAAAACAGAUCCAUGGAACAUUUUCAGUAGAGUAAACUCUUGGAACAUUCACUCUCAGAGAGUAAAAAGUAGCCCUUUUUGUGUCACCAUGUGUUCUGUUGAGAAGUCAAAGAGGGUCUGGAUAUGGACAGAGAACCAGCAAGUUAUGACUGCUGCUGUUGAGAGAGGAUGGAACACUUUUGUUUUCUUGUCCCAGAAUCAUCAACUCGCAAAACAUUGGUCAACAAUUGCUUUGAUAGAUCCUUUGUUUGUUAAAGAAGGGGAGGUGUUUGAUAGUGUGGAGAGAAGGGUUGCUAGUAUUUGUGAGGUUGCAACGCCACAAGAGUUGCAGAAGCUUCAGCCGUCAGAUGAGCAGGCAGAUAAUAUUGUGAUUGAUUUGCUGGAUUGGCAAGUUAUACCUGCGGAAAAUAUUGUUGCAGCAUUCCAAGGGAGUCAAAAAACUGUAUUUGCAAUCUCAAAAACUCCCUGUGAUGCCCAAAUUUUUCUUGAGGCAUUAGAGCAAGGCCUGGGUGGAGUUGUACUAAAAGUUGAGGAUGCUGAAGCUGUUCUUGCCCUAAAGGAAUAUUUUGACAGAAGGAAUGAAGUUAGCAAUCUCCUGAGCUUGACCAAAGCCACUGUAACUGGGGUCGAUGUAGCUGGAAUGGGUGAUCGAGUUUGUGUGGAUCUUUGUAGCCUCAUGAGACCUGGUGAAGGACUUCUAGUUGGAUCCUUUGCUAGGGGACUUUUCCUUGUCCACUCUGAGUGCUUGGAGUCAAACUACAUUGCCAGCAGGCCUUUUCGAGUCAAUGCUGGACCUGUGCAUGCGUAUGUGCUUGUUCCAGGCGGAAAAACUUGCUACCUUUCAGAGUUAAAAUCAGGCAAAGAAGUGAUUGUGGUGGAUCAGAAAGGCCAGCAACGAACAGCAAUUGUUGGUCGUGUGAAGAUUGAGUCUAGACCUCUUAUCCUUGUAGAGGCAAAGGGAUCAGAUAAUCAAACUUAUUACAGUUUAAUUCUACAAAAUGCGGAAACAGUUGCCUUAAUAUCUCCCUGCCAAGGAAAUGGAGGAAAGAAAACAGCUAUACCUGUGACUUCACUGAAGGUUGGUGACGAACUUUUGCUGAGGGUACAAGGUGGUGCACGACAUACAGGAAUAGAAAUUCAAGAAUUCAUCGUGGAGAAUUGAAGAAGCAAGAUGACAUAUUCCUGCUGAAUUUGUUCAUGACUGUUGCCGUUAUAAUGCCAAAGAGUGAUAUCUGUCCUGCUGAAAGCCCUGCAUCUGCAUCUAAAAGACAAGAAGAUAAUAAAUUUAUCAUGCAAGAGUAAGGUUAUUUCUCCAUAAAGUCAGCCUAUUUAAUUACCAUUUUUUUUUCUCUAAUCUAAAUGUAGUGCCAAUACCAGUAUCAGGAAAGCAUGAGGGCAAGAAUUAGUUUCUUAUAUAGUUGAGGCAGGAAGUAGCAGGACCUCAUGAAUAAAAAUUCUUUUCACGAAUUCAAUUAGACAGAAAACAGAAAACAAAUAUUUCACAAGCUAGUUGAAGGAAAAAUGAUGCUACGAAAGGAGUGAUUUGGCCAGGUAUUUUCCUGCUAUAAAAUGUAUAAAAGGAAAAACCCAGUGCCUUGAUUCCUGUUAUUUAGGGAAAUCUAAGGUGGCCAUUGUAAUUCCUACUAUUUAUGGAGUCCUCAGGGGACAUAUUCGGCUACAAUU